UGAAGUAAUAAUUUGUAUUGUCAGUCGGACUUAAGUAUUCAAAUGUUCAGUCGUUUCUCAGUCUGUUGUACAAUAUUUCUUAAAUCCUUAAAAGUAAGAUUAGUUUAAUGUAUCAAGAUUUAUUAGUUAAUAAAGGUUAACUCGGGAUUGACAACAAUAUAUUUCACAAUUGCUGACAAAUAAUAUUUUAAUGAAAAUGUCUUCUGAAACUCCUAGGGUAUUAUCAAUACAAAGCCAUGUCGUUCACGGAUAUGUUGGUAAUAAAAGUGCCGUUUUCCCUCUUCAAAUUUUAGGUUUUGAAGUUGACGCUAUCAAUUCUGUACAAUUUUCAACACAUGGGGGAUAUGUACAUAAACAUAAAGGAACAAUAUUGAAAAAUGAGGAAAUGGGAGCUCUUAUUGAAGGCCUUAUGUUGAAUGAAGUUGAUUAUUUUACACAUUUUCUUACUGGAUACUCAAUGUCCCCUGAUUCAUUAAAACAAAUUGCCCAAAUCAUUAAAAUGCUUCGACAAAAAAAUCCAAACUUAAUUUAUGUAUGUGAUCCGGUAAUGGGUGACAAUGGGAAAAUGUAUGUGCCAGAAGCUAUCCUACCCGUUUACAGGGAUAUUGUAAUACCUUUAGCCGAUAUAAUAACCCCAAACCAGUUUGAAGCAGAAUUGAUAACCGGUUUGGAAAUGAAAGAUCUCACCGGAGCCCUCAAAGUCAUAGAUGCACUACAUAGUAUAGGAGCUAAAACUGUUGUUCUCUCUAGUACUAUAUUGGGGGAUGAGAACAAUAUGAUUGCUAUUGCCAGUAAUAAAGAGUCCUGUUAUCAGAUCGAAAUACCAAAAAUAAACGCAACAUUUACCGGCACCGGAGACUUGUUUGCGGCAUUGUUCCUAGCUUGGUCUCAUAAAACUAACAAUAACUUGAAACUGACGCUUGAGAAGACAAUAGCGACGCUCCAACACGUCGUCAAGGAUACUUAUGAGAAAGCUAGAGCGUUGCAACCAACUGGAAACAUUUCACCAGCCUUGUUGGAAUUGAAAUUAAUUCAAAACAAAGCUACUAUUGAGGAUCCAAAGAUUAUUAUAAACAGCAAGGAAAUUAGAAUUUAAGAAGAAUAUAAUUCUAUAAGGUUAUUGUUAAAUUUUUUCAUAUUAAAUUUUAUUAUUUGUUGAUUUAUUUUAAUGGUAUUAAACUAGUACAAACAUUUUGUUAUACGUUAUUAUUAACGUAGCCUUAUUUGUGUAAUAAACUAAACAUUAGGCUGACCAAAAGCUUCAUAAUUGACGACUAUUUAGAAAGGGACAAAGCGACUGUGCUGCCAAUAUAGAUUAAGGAUAAUUUCAUACAUAAACAUGUCACAAAGUGCGUUAAUAGCAUCGAUAUUAAUAUUAUUAUAACAUAGUAAUAUUGUUGUUCGAAGUCUGUUACUUAAAUUUAUAUAAAAAUUGUUUUAAAAAAUGACGGUACACAUGUGUACGUACGGUAUAUUGAAAAGGUGGAGACAAUUUGCCUCACGAUUGCUUCGUCUUUCGCCCGCUUUGGUCGUAUUUGCUUGAGUUUAUCGUGCAUAGCUAGCGCUAAGCUUAAAUUAGUGAUGUUUGAUAUUAUAAUCGGAAUUUAUUUCAGAGGAACAUUAUGUUAUAUCUUCAUAAAUAUAUAAAAAAAGUACAAAAGACAAUAAAACAUUUCCAUACCAAUAAUUAUAAUCGUAUAACUAAAAGAGAUAUUAGUAUUUAUAUAGCCUUUUAAUUCCGCAAUUAUGAGCUUAGCUAACUAGUAAAAUAGGUUAAAUUCUCAAUUUAUUAUAUCAAAUUACCAUAACAUGAUGAUUAUUUAUAAAUAUUGACGACCGUUAGGUAUUUUCUAAUUCAUACAAGGUUAUAAUUAAAGAAUUAUAUGGACGGAGAUUUAAAUCUAUGAAAUACUUUACAUAGAUCUAAUAUUUAAAAUAUAUAAACUAACUUAGAGCUGGUACAGUGAAGUGAGGAAUGCAGUAGGUAGACGAUACAGUGAUGUGCUAGAAAUCGAUUCAUUCUAAACUAAUUUUAAUAUAUUGUAACGUUGCACUAAUUUAAGUUCAGUAUGAUUUUAUAAAAGUAUAUUUUUUGAUGGAAUAAUUGCUUCGUUAAAUAAAUGUUGAAAGUGAACAGUGUAAACCAUAUCGUAUCGAUUCGAAAUUAAUCAUGUUUAUAGUGAAUAUAGGAAUUUGAUAUGUGCAACAUGAAUUUUAAUCAUGUAUAUAGGAAAUUGAUAUUUGUAAUGUGAAUUCAGACCAUAUUGAUAUUUUUUCAUGAUGAAAUAAAUGAAAUAGGAUUCUGUUAGUCUUAAGUUCAACAAUUGUCUUCCAUACAGAAUAAGUGUCUGUGAUAUGACGAAUAAUAAUGAUUGUUUAUUUAAAAAAUAAGUUUUAAGAUUUAAAUUAAGCAUUUAACUUUUGUUAUGGACUUAUUUAAAUAUUAUAAUAAAUGGCUAUUUA